AUGGGUCAACCGCAAGGAAGUAUACCGCAUGAGUCACGAGUUAUCCGGCCCUUAAGCCAUCUGGAAGCAUACAAAUCUUCUCUUCACCUACUGCGACAGCACUGUGGUACGGUCGUGUCAUGUCGGUACUCGAUUGCUGAUCAUGUCGAAAACACUAAAAUCAAGACUGCUGUGGAGCGCUCUGUAGCCAUUUCAGUACUCCAGCAUCCUUUGAUGCAGGUUGCCCUUUCCAAUGAAGAUUCCAGCCGACCGUUUUGGAUCAGCCUAAGGAGCAUCGAUUUUACAAGGCAACUGCAGUGGCAGUUCAUAAAACGGACAGACGAUUACACAGCCCAACUUGAAACGACGAUCCAUAAUACCUUACACAAGUGGUUCACCGAACUUGAUGCACGUCCGGGGUGGCGGCUACAUAUUCUCCAAGAUGAGAGUAACCCAAGAGCCAUUGAUGUGGUCUUCUGCUGGCACCAUGCCUGGUUCGAUGGCAUGUCGGCCAAACUCUUCCAUCGAACCCUGGCUCGAAACUUGAACGACGAAUGGGCCCAGUCGAAUCUGUCCAGUCUAGUAGAUGGACAACUGCAACUCGGCGAUAUCACCAUUCGGUUUCCACCUCCAAUAGAGUCUCUCCGCAAGAUAUCUAUGUCUUGGGGCUUUACCCUGUUGACCAUCUACAGGGAACUGUUCCCAGCUUUUCUGGUAGCACGCAACCCCGCAGAUGUAGGAUGGGCCCCAAUCCGCGCGGCCCCUUACCGUACAGAAUCACGUCUGAUAACGAUAGAUAGAUCAACCUUGGAGUCUUUACUGGCAGCUUGUCGCGAACACUCAACGACUCUGACGGGUUUACUCAACGUUUUGCCUUUGUUCUCUCUGGCUCGACAACUUGGUGGAGACAAGAUGAAAGCACUGUCAUCAGUCACAGCCAUUGAUCUGCGCCAGUUUAUGCCUCUAAAACCGUCCGAGUUUCCAUGGCAUGAGCCAGCAAAGACCAUGGACAAUGAAGUGUCUUUGAUCGAGGAGAAUUUUGACGCUGGUGUUGUCAAUCGAGUUCGAAGAGGAUCUGCCCAGCAACAGUCCGAGAAUACAAUCAAGGCGAAGUUACAGGACAUGGUAUGGCUGCUCGCUCGACGGAACCGGCAAAAGAUUCGAGACAAACUCAGUUCGGACAUGGAGAAUGAUCCGGUGGGGUUGAUGCACUACGUCAAAGACUGGCGCGAGCUGAUGAAAAGUAAGCUCAGCAAACCUCGAGCUCGGUCCUGGGGCGUCACAAACCUGGGCUCAUUUGAGAGUGGCGAACUCAAGCAAUGGUCUAUUCAGGGAGCCAGGUUCCACUUGAGUGCUGAGGUCAAUGCCCCAGCUUUUCACAUCAGCGCCGUCAGCGUUCAGGGGGGUGAUUUGUGUGUAGACAUUGGAUGGCAGGAGGGGAUCAUGGACAACGCUAUUGGAGAAAGACUUGCGGUUGACAUCGAGCAGUGGUUGAAGUACUUAGCCGCUUGA